AUGCCCCCAAGCACGACAGUGCACGAAGGUAAUUCCAUAUCCAAAGUUCGGCCGGAUCCGAAAAUAUCAUCUGUUCCCCAGUCCUCUACCCUACCCAAUCCUACGCCAACUCCCCUGCAACCACCCUGUGCUUUCAACUUCCGGUGGCACGAUGCCAACGAUCAUCUGGUGCCCACACCGCACACAAUGUGGACCCGGCGGAUAGAUCCACUGCCCGCACCAGAUUGCACUGUGUAUCCAAUUCUGCCGCCGCCACCACUACCACCAAUGUCGACGGCACAACUGCAAACCCAGCUCGGCCGUCAAGUUUCCAAUUCCCCGACACCUCAGCUGACCGCUGUACAGCUCCCACCCUGCCAGCAGCAGCGGCAGCCUCCUCAUUUCCAACCGACAGCC